UAACGUAUCAAAAAGUUACUAUAAUACUUGCUUGAAAAAUAUUUAUGUAAACAAUGUACCUAUUAUAUUUUACUGAUUUAUUUUUUUUGGGAUAGCUGGCUUGGACAUACAUAUAAAAACAAGUGGCUAUUUGACUUGCUUAUAUGUGUUUGUCCCGUAUGAACCAGGCUUCGGUUAUAUAAUAUAUUAUAUAUUUAGGUAGGUACCUAAAACAAAUUUAAAUUAAAUUAUCCAGAAACUUUAAUUAUUGAUGAUAAAAAAAAUAUAUAUCUAAAAUACAGUUCGGCAGAAUUGUAGUUUUACAAAAAAAAAAAAAAGGAAAUUUUAACGUCACAGUUUACGAAACGAUCGAAUGUGUGUUGAGGGGAGUGGGCGUGGUCUCUGGGUGGCGUCCCUUUUGGAACGCCUAGCGUGCAAGUUCGCGUUUUUGCUACCGAUAAAUCGUGUCGGCUACGCAGUGUCCCGGCGCAGGCUGCUAGCAAACGAAUACGGACGCGGACUAUCCAUCACUAUAUAUCCGCUUUCGCCAGCAACAUCUACGCGUAGUAAGAGAUAUGGAUCACCAUCAUCACCAUCACCACUAUCAACUGCACCAUCACAAUGCCUCGCACCAUUAUCAUGCACCACCGUACACCAGAGACUAUUUUCUGUAUGAGUAUUCAUCCGGUUCCGAAUCAGACGGUACGAGUUCGCUGAACAGCGACUGCGAUUCCGGUAAUUGUGGUAAGCCACUAACGUGACUAUGUUGAAGUCUAUAGAACAUUGAAUUAAAAAAAAUUAUUUUAUGAGAAUAAGGGUGAUUAGUAUCAUGUUGUAUUAUAGCAUCAGUUUGUAUAUGUAUGAAUCAGUUUCACAUGGUUCUAAUCACCCUUAUUCUCAAAAAAUAUAAUUUUUCAAUUCAGUAUUCUAUAGGCUUGAACGUAUUCCAUUAAAUAAACAUAAUUAUAAACACGAGUUCAAUAUCAUCUAUAAUAUAGCCCAUAGAAAUAAUUUCAAUAAUUGAAAUUCAUAAAUGUAUUAAAGAAAAAAUAAUAUACAACUAGCCAAAUAAUGUUUCAACUAUUGUAGUAUGAAAUAUCAAAAUAUUAUGUCCAACGAAAUCGCUAAAAUUCUGAACAAUAAUACUAAUAAUGUAAAAAUCACUUUUAAGGCUAAUAAUAAUUAAAGCAAACAUAUAAACAAUAGAACUAAAACUUCACAAAAAAUCCCCCUUCUUUUGAAAAUGUUAGUAUAUAUAAACUUAAAAUAAAAUUUAAAAAGACUGCCCCUAAUUCAAAUUUCGCUAAACAUGUUUUAGAAAAUAACCAUAAUUUAAGCUUUGAUAUUAAUACAGACUUAGACAUAUUAAAUACCCAAAAUAACAUGUACAUUAAUUCAGUUUUUGAAGAUUUACACAUACACAAUGAAAUAAAGGAAAAUAGUUUUAAUAAUAUUUUAAAUGUUCAAACCGAUUUUAAAAAUAAUAUCUUAUAUCAAUACAUUUUAGACAACAAUAAUAACCAAAUAAUUUAUAUUUCUUAACAUAUCUAUGUCUAAUAUAUAAUAAUCCAUAUACUAUUAAAAUCAAUUAUUUCUAUGGAAAAUUACUAAUUUGUAUAAUUUUUUUUUCAUGUAUUCCUUCAUUUAAUUUUAGAUUCCAAGCUUAGCGAGAGAGCUAUUGGUUUUACUAAGAUGUAAACUUGUUUCGAUUUUUACGUGUAUCAACUUUUCUGAACGCUCAAGUUGUCUAGGUGGUGCUUUAUACAUGUCAUUUUUUGAUUUUCGUCGCCAUUUUUUAAAUAAAAAUAUUUAAGUGGCAAAAAAACGUAGGAAAACGGACAAUUUCACGAUUUCAUUAUUUUAUAAAAACAACGAUGACGUUUUCUACCAGAAAAAAUGAUUUUAACGAAAAAUCACAAGAUUUUUCUCAAGGCACCUUUUAUGUUGCCUUUUUGAUUUAAUUUAUCACGGUAUCAUCGUUAAAACUUUUGAGCUUUUAAAGAAUUAGAAUUUUUUUUUUGCUGUAAUUCGGUUAGAAAUACACGUAGAGACUUGAAACUCGGUGAUUAUACUUAUAUUGGACUUACCUAGAACUGGGAAAAAUUUCCAAAAUCAUUGGACGACUAUUUUUUUUUUAAUAAGCGUUUUAAAAUCAAAUUUAAACGAAAAUCGCAAAAAAAAAUUACGGCUCUUCAAAUUAUGUAUUACUGAAUUGCGCUCAGAAUCGUUUAUCGUCAAGCAAUUAUUUAUUGUUGCUUUCAGAUGUAAAUGAAAUAAUCCUAUGUAUCCUACCUUCUCAACUUCUCACCUACAACAGUGGCCGCUCCCAUCCCCAGUAUCAGCCCUUUUUUUCAACUUAGUCGGGUUUUAAAAUUUGACUGUAAUAUACCUGAUAUCAGGUAUACCUGAUGAUGAAUUUUUAAUUCGAAACCAGUCAUUUAAUACACUUGUCAUAAUAUUCCAGGCGACGCAUUUAUUUAUUGGUUCAUUUUUUAUUUGUACGUAUAAAUUUGUUAUUUGUAUAUUUAUUUAUGAGUGUUAACCAUUUUAGUAAUUUUGUUUUUACUUUAUUAUUUUAUUGUUUAUAAUAAACCUCCUGUCAAAUAUUCAAGCAUUUCUGUUAGGUCAAAUAAUUAUAUCUACAUAAUACCUGCCAAAAAAAGACUAAGUAAAAAAGUCGCAAAAUUAAAUAGCCUAUAAAUAGCUCAAAAAUUGCUCGAAUGUUUUUGAAAUUUUAUCCCGUUUAGAAAAAUAAAAUAUAAGUUUUUUAAAAUUUCAAGUCUUUAUUUUUACCUGAAUUACAACAAAAAAACAAAAUUGAAAAUAAUAAAAGCAUUAUUUUCGUAAAUUCACCCAUUCUUUCUCAGUUAUUUUUCAGUUUUGCUAAAUUAUUAAAAAUCUAUAAGGGAAAUCAAAAAUGACUUUCUUACUCACAAACUACAUUAAAAAUUCAAUAAUACAGAUCUCUUGUUUUUUUUAUAGGAGAAAUAUUUCUGGUAAAAUAUAUUGCGUGUAAAAAAUAGAAACAAUCGGUAACGCCGCGAUGCGCCGUAAAUUGUCGCAUUUUUCUUAUAAUUUUUUUUCCUGUUUUUCGGUCCCAACUAUUCUGAAAACCCCUCGAAAAAUCAAAAAAUGAGCUAUCUGUAAAACCAACUAGAUAAAAAUUCCUUGUAGUAAAUGUCUUACACUUGUAUUUGAAACAUCAGAGCAAGUUUUUUGUUUGAAAAGUUGUUUACAGACAGAAAAAAAACACACAUCAUAGUAAAACCGAUUAAUUCUUUGCUCCAGUCCAAUACCAAAAAUUGUAGUCGAAUUUGUACUUUUAUUUUUUUUUUUAGUCUGUUAAACCUAAAAAAUUACUGUCCUAAUGAAGUGAUGACACGAGAAGCGCUAAAAAAAUGCAUAUAUAAUGAUUGCACACUAUUACUCUUUGUCAUUUGCUGUCAGUUUAAACCCUGCAUUUAUAUUACAGUUAAAUUUGAUGGCCUCUUACAUCUUUUAAAACGAUAAUUGCACAACGUACAAUAAGAAAAUUUUAAAGGCAUAUGUACUUCAAAACACCGGAACAGAAAAAAAAAACAUUAAAAACGUUUUGUCGCGGUACCCCGAGAGAUAAAUACUGAUGUUCAUUACUAAGUUACAAUACUAAGUUCACAAUACUAUAGACGAACGCGAAUACGGAACAUCCAUAUAAUUUAAAAUUAUGUUGUGUGUUAACCGCAUUAGGCGUAGGCCGCAAGAAGAGUUCACGAUGUCACAGGCAAAAGACGCAACAGCGUCAGGCGGCCAACCUGCGUGAAAGACGACGCAUGCAGAGCAUCAACGAGGCGUUCGAGGGUCUUCGCGCGCACAUACCCACUUUGCCGUACGAGAAGCGCUUGUCCAAAGUGGACACCCUGAAGUUGGCCAUCGGUUACAUAAACUUCCUGUCCGAGCUGACCAGAGGCACGGGACCGAUCGGCAACGGCGUCACGUCGUUAAACGUGGCCAAACUAACUACGAUUGCCGGUCGCCUGCACAGGCCACCGGCCCAGGUCAAAGAACAGCCCAUCAAGAAGUUCAUUGUCAGAGGUAACGCUUGUUAAAUAGUACUAAAAUAACGCGUAUAAUUACAAUAUUUUAUAGUAGUGAUUAAAAUCAAACGGAGUUAAAAGCGUUUAUAUACUCGUAUAUUUAUCUUUUUCUUCAUACUUAUUUAUUUAUUUGUAUACUGUAUAUAGAUAUUCUGAGUGCAUCGAAGCAGCUAUUAUAUAGUUAUACUGAGAUGUGUUACUUUCUCGGAAAAAACUUUUUGGGUUAGUAUAAACGCUCCGAUUUGUACACGCCAUAAAAGAUGCAGACAUGUUCUACAUCCCUAACAGUUUUCUAUACAAUUUAAAAAAUUGACAGUUAUAAUGUCGAUACAUCGGUUUUAUUUUUAGUUCAAUUCAAGACAAAAAACAAGAUUAAUACUUAGAUUACUAAGACUAAUACCACUCUGCUCAGAAUUUUUUUUUGAUUUAUAAAUCAAACUACCCUAUAUGACCUACUUCUAAAACUUUCAAAUUUCAAAUUUAAUUUACAGGAUCAUAUCCGUGGUACUAAGUUCGUCAAGUUUUAUAUUAUUAUUUUAUACAGGUAUUAACUGUUAUUAUAAUUAUAUAUAUAUUAUACUGAGUUUAUAGAAAACGCUUUGACUGUAAAUAAACUAUAUAACAUCAGUUAGUUUAACAGCUAUCUAAUUUAAGCAAUUGGGGUGAGUUGGGAAGGUAGGAUGUAUAAAUUAUAGUGUAAUUUAAUCUAUAUUGUUUGUAAGCAACAAUAAAUUAUUGCCAACCAAAAUAAUUUUAUCGUAUUUCGGUUGCUUACCAAUAAACAUGAUUUUGUUCACAAGAUUUGAUCACUUUGUAAAACCAAUUAUUCCUCGUUUCGCUUAGAAUCUAAAAAAAUCCAUUUAGCCUAUGGUACUAUUAAAAUUAAAAGAAUUUAGAGAGCAAGCUGCCCUCUUAGCACCUAUCCUCUAUAAUUUCGUAAAAAAUGAAAUUAUUUAUACGUGUUUCAAUAUAAAUUCCAUUGUUUAGUAUACAUAAUAAAAAUAAAUACAUACAUUUUUAUAUAUUUGAAUGCAAUUUUGGCCUUUAACUGUUAAUAAAAUCCACUCCCAAUUAAUAUAAAUUACUAGGUACCUAUUGUUAUUUAUUUUGUUGUUUUAUAUUGAAAUCUAUUGAAAUUUGUUUUAAAAAAUGUAUUAUCGACUGCUACAGUUAAUAACUGUAUUAAUAAAUUAUAUAAUAUAAAAUAUUGCACAUGUAUUACUGCAUAAUAUAUAUACCUACACAAUUUAUACCAAACUAUUAUUUAAUUUAAAUUUAAAACAGAUGGUAUUUUGCAGAUGUUAUCUUUCGAAUUUUCAGAUUCUAUGCUCUGGAACAUAGGAGUAAUUAAGAAGAUAACAAGAAUAUAAUUUUGCAGGUAUCCUUAAUAAUAUACCUAUAUACAAUUAUUCGUAUUUAUUUAUGAACUCCUAAAAAUAAAAACAAAUAAAAAUACUGAUUUAAAAUGUAACUAUUCUUGACGAAAAAGUAUCUGUAUUUGAUAGAAACAUAACUAUUUUACAUUAUAAAAUAUUAUAAAUCAAAUCAAAACGUUUUAAAUAUUUGAAUCUUCUCUUUGUUAUGUAAUAACAAAAUACAAUUGAACAGGUAUAAUGCCUAAACAUUAGUAGGUCAGUUGUAGUAUCCAUGAAGCAGCUAUUUCUACUUCAUAACCAAAUUAGGUGAGUUGGUGUAGCUCUGUAUCAUAAAAUUUGAUAAUGAAAAUUGUAUAGCAGAGACAUAUAUAUACGAGGGGGGUAUCAGAGGUAUACAACUUAUAUAAUAUUAAUUAGCUUAGUAUGAUUUAGGUGGAUUUUGCCGUCUAAAAUUGUAUAAGUUCAUCUCCCCCCAAGAAAAACAAGUCGUGUUACGUUACUGAGUACAAGAAAAUUUAUAGUAAUACCUUAGUUAUAACUCUUGAUUCUUCUGUGCUAGGGUUGUGUGAGACUUUUUGAUAUUUUAAUGAAACUUCUUCAUAAAUAAUGGGUACUUAUAUUAAUGAUAUUAAAAUGUACCUAUUAUUUUUUUGAACCACAUUUUCCAAAUAGUUUACGUGAACAUAAUUUAGUACUUGACAUAUUCUAUAUUUUACACUCGUAUUGUUCUGUCAAUAAAUUUACUUAUGUUGGACUUAUAAUCAAGCCCAGGUUAACAAUAUCGUAGGCCCUAGGCACUAAUAAGGAAAAAAAUGUCAACAGUAAAUUGUUAGAUUAGCCACUAAUAAAAAAGAAAAAUAGUCAUUAACAAUUUUUUUCGUAGGUCCUAGGUUGGGGCUAACUUUUAUAACUUUUUAUAUGAUAACAAUUUUAACAAACCCAAAAUAAUUCAUUUUACUCCAAAAUAUAUAAAAUUAAAUUGUUAAAAACUAUAAAAAAUAACUUUUAUUAUAUCAUCUUGCAUAUUUCUUUAUCCUUCCCCACCAGUGGUGGCUCGAAGUAUUUUUACCUUGAAUCGCCGAAUUAAUUUUCCACUCACCCACCCAUCCCAACCCGAAAUACCCUCACCCUAACACAUAAAAUUUCCGCUACCUAAAAUUUGUUUAAUAACUUUUAUUUUAUAAAAACUUAAUAUUUUUUGUUAUAUUUCUGAUUACCCAAGCACCUACAACCCACCCACCCAUUUUUUUUUUUUGUGAAUAUUAACUUAUAAUAAUAAUAAUAAUAUAUAAAAUAUUACAAAAAAAUCGUGGCCACACAUUUUCGUAAGCCCUAGGCACAAUGCCUAUGCACUAAUACGGCCCUGGUUAUGACGUAUAAUAAAAUGUAUAGUAAAAUUGUAUUAUUAAAUUAAAUUUAUUUGAUUUUAUUUGCAAAAUUAUUUUUAAAAAAAAAAUAACAAUUUGCAUACAAUAUAAUAUAUAUUAUAUUAUUUUCAAUACGUAUAUUUAUGUAUAAAUUGUUUGUUAAAAGUUCUAUAUUAUCAAUGUUUUAUAACAUAGAUAAUCGAAAAAUGUGUAAUUAUAUAAUAUGUGGUAAUUGAAAAGUUUUACAAUGAUUUUUAUUUUUUUUCUGUGAAUAACUUUUCUACCAGUAAUUUUGGUUCUAUUUUCCAUAGCACUUUUUCUGAAAGAAAAUCUUACUGGGAUGGUACUUUAAGAAGGUCAUUUUUUUAUUUUCUUAGCUGUUUUCAUAAUAAACGGAAAAACUUUAGAAAAACAGGAAAAUUGACGAAAUAUAUUAUGUUUCGUUUGUUUAUUUUUUGUUUUUUUUCAGCUAAAAAUAUUUGUAGAGACUUGAAGAUUGGACAGAAAACUUAUAUUUGCCAUUUAUAGACGUGGUUAAAUUUGUAUAACAUUGUAGCCAUUUUUAAACUAUUUAUAAACAUUUUAAUUUUACGAGGUUUUUUACGUAAUUUUUGUUCGGUAGGUACUCUGUGGAUAAAAUGUUUAAACCAAACAGAAAUGUUCGAAAAUUUAACAGGAGGUUCAUUUAAGUUGCUUAUUAUAAGAUAUGUAAAUUGUAUUAUAUGUCUCGUAUAAAAUGAUAGAAUAUCGUUUGUAUACACAAAAUAAACAAAUAGUUGAUAAUAACUAGAUAAUUUUGUAUCUUGUAUAUUUAGAUAUUCCUACAGGCUACAUUACAAAAAAUACCGAAUGAUUUUCUGAAAAAUGUUCCUAUUGAUAAAACAAUAAAAAAGUAGCGUAGGUACCUAUAAUAAUUAUUAAAAAUGGUCAUUAUUGUGCGACGAUCCAAGAUCAUUUACAAAUUCUCGAUCUUAAUAUUUCUCUUCUUAAAUUGGAAAUAUUGGAACCUUUUGAUUUUAAUUAUAAUUUAAUGAUUCGAAAUAGUUUAUAACAAAAUAACAAAUAUUUGUUAUAGUUACAUUAAAAUCUUUGAUUCCAGGUGCUUUCGGAACUCCAUAUUCAUUGCAUUCGUUAUCUUGGUCAAGAACAAAAGAAAAUUGCCCAAAUAGUGCAGGAGUUAUGAGAGCAAAAUUAUGGAGACCUGAAGUGGGAUCACCACGUAACUCUGGGUCUACUUCAACCUCAACGUGUUCGACAUCAUCAAGUAAAACAACAUAAAAGUGUAUACGAUUAAUUAAAAUAAUCGUUCGGUUGUUUUAACUUAUAGCCAAGUCAUUUUAUUUUUCUUUCAUUGUAAAUUUAAUAGAAUAAUUUCGUGUGUUUAACAGUGUAUAUUUUUAAUCGUGCUGUGUCAUAACUAUCUUGCAGUUACACUUUAUUAGCUACGUAUAUCUUUAUUAACUAGGUUAAAAAAAAAUGUAAUUAUUCAAAGAUUUUUGUUUUUGUUAAUAAAAAUACCUAAUGUAAUCUAUAUAUCAAAUCAAAUUAAGUAUUAAAAUGCAUCUAUAUAUUUUAAUAGGUAAAUAUUAUAGGAACCUGUAUUAAAUGAUGUAUUAACUUGUAUUAUAUAUUCAUUCCUACAGUCAUAAAAAAACAGAGGUUACCUAUACUAUAAGCAGGAUACACCGGAUGAUUAACAUAAUGUAAGAUACUCAUUAUCUUG